AUGGCAGAUAUUCUGAAGCCAAUAGCGUCCCUCGUCGUUCUUGCUUUGGUUUGGGGUAUUUCAACUGCCACGAACAAUUUAAACACCAACCAACGGAAAAACGAAACCCAAUCGUACAACCUGCGGAUGACACGGAUGUUGUGCAUCGAUACACCAUAUUUGGAAACGAAGCUUUUAGAAUGUCGAACAACCCUGAGAAGAAAUCAGAUGCCGUUGUUACGUAUAGUGAUACAAGUGCCCAACAUUUACAAUUACAUAAUGCUUCAGUAUAACCUGUACUACAAGUUCAAAACGUAUCAACCAUUCUUGAUGAAUGGUGAAGUCGAAGGAUGUUCUACGUUGAGAGAGAUUCAACGUGGAGUUAUGCAGGAUCCUCUCACCACCUAUAUAUGGAUGAUUAUGGAAGAUAUGUUACCAAGUAUAAUCGUCCCGUGCCCACAUGGAAACAGAACGUAUGUAGUUGAUACUGUGUUUAAGAAGGAAUAUGCACCCAGAUCUGUACCUGCCGGUGACUACAGGUUGGAUUUUCGAUUUGCGACCGAACGGAAUGUAACGUUGCUAUUCGUGCAGCUAUUUCUCUCCGUCAGAAGAAAAGGCGUAUUCAACUCUAUGAUAGAGUGGUAA